AUUCUUCGUUCGGAUCCGGUCAGUGGCGGUCACGUCGUCGUCGUCGGGUGUCGUGUAGCUCUCUGUGGUAUCGUUCGGUGUCGCUUGAUCGUGGCAAGCUUAUUUCCAUAGCAUUCCUGUUGCCAGCGCUGUGAUUCUGAUUUCCGUUUGUACAGAGCCAGCAUACAUUAGUGCACAUCGAAAUGGCGUCGAAAAUCAAGGCCGGACCCGUGGUGGACAUCCUGGGCGAUGAGAUGACGCGCAUCAUCUGGGACUCGAUCAAGGAGAAGCUGAUCCUCCCGUUCCUGGACAUUGAGCUGCACACGUACGAUCUCGGCAUCGAGCAUCGCGACGCGACGAACGAUCAGGUCACGAUCGACUGUGCGGAAGCGGUGAAGCGGUACAACGUCGGCAUCAAGUGUGCCACCAUCACGCCGGAUGAGGCGCGCGUCGAGGAGUUCAAGCUGAAGCAGAUGUGGCGCUCGCCGAACGGCACGAUCCGCAACAUCCUGGGCGGUACGGUGUUCCGCGAGGCGAUCAUCUGCAAGAACGUGCCGCGGCUGGUGCCCGGCUGGGAGAAGCCGAUCAUUAUCGGGCGCCACGCGCACGGCGACCAGUACAAGGCGACCGACUUUGUGGUGCCGGUGCCGGGCAAGCUGGAGAUGAAGUUCACGCCGGCCGACGGUAGCGAACCGACCACGUACGUGGUGAACGAGUACAAGAGUGCCGGUGUCGCGAUGGGCAUGUACAAUCUGGACGAUUCGAUCCGCGACUUUGCGCACUCGUCGUUCAAGGUGGCGCUGGACCGGAAGUUCCCGCUGUACCUCAGCACCAAGAACACGAUCCUGAAGAAGUACGACGGCCGGUUCAAGGACAUCUUCCAGGAGAUUUACGACAAAGACUACAAGAAGCAGUUCGAGGCGCUCGGCAUCUGGUACGAGCACCGGCUGAUCGACGACAUGGUCGCGUACUGCAUGAAGGCGGAGGGCGGGUUCGUGUGGGCGUGCAAGAACUACGACGGGGACGUGCAGUCGGACACGGUGGCGCAGGGUUUCGGGUCGCUCGGUCUGAUGACCUCGGUGCUGGUGUGCCCGGACGGGCGCACGGUCGAGUCGGAGGCGGCCCACGGUACCGUGACGCGGCACUACCGCCAGCACCAGCAGGGCAAGGAAACGUCCACCAAUCCGAUCGCGUCGAUCUUCGCGUGGACUCGCGGGCUGCUGCACCGGGCCAAGCUGGACGAUAAUGCCGAGCUGAAGCGGUUCGCCGAAACGCUCGAGAAGGUGUGCAUCGACACGAUCGAGUCGGGCUUCAUGACCAAAGAUUUGGCCAUCUGCAUCAAGGGUAUGGCGAACGUGAAGCGCACCGACUACAUGGAGACGUUCGAGUUCAUGAACAAGCUGGGCGAAAAUCUGCAGGCCGCGUUGACGCAGAGCCGGCUUUAAAGGGAGGGAAGUGUGCAACCUUUUUUUUAUGUCCUGGUUGGGUGGGAGGCAGUGUGUGGACAAAAGCCCUCGCCACUAGCCCUUACUUAGCAUUUACCUUUUCAACACACACACAACAAAGCGCAGCGUUUUUUGGUGCAUUCAUUCACAUCCUGUCGUCUUAUUAAUUUGUAUUCGUGGUUAAGCAUUGGAGAGGUGAUUUUCACUGGUAUAAGCGAUAAAUAAACCAUUUUUGGGGCAUUUAUAAGAAACGUA